ACAUUCAUCUUACCGAAAGUAACGCCCAACCAAAGCAGUUGACUCGUUGUAUCUCUCUCUCUCUUUGUAGUCUCUACUACGACUCCACGUCUCUUCCUGAUCAUUCUACACACCUAAUAGUACCCCCAGAUUUGACUUUAUUUACCAUUCUACCUUUCCUUCACCACCCUCCUUUAUCAUCUUCCUUCACCUCCCCCUUUCCCCCUUUCCGUACAACACAACAAUGGCGAGAGGCUCUUCCCAGUCCCAACAAUCAACCUCCACCGCUUCCUCAACCGCCAGGCCCGGUCUGGCCGCUCCCCGUGGAUCCGCCGCCGCUACGGCGGGCAUGCGUCGUCGCAGGCUCGGUGGCGGUGGGAGCGCGUCAUCAGGGGGCGGAUCCGUCGCUGGAUCAGGAUCGAGCAACAUGCUGAGAUUCUACACAGACGAAGCUCCUGGACUGAAGAUUUCACCUACCGUCGUCCUCAUCAUGAGUCUCUGCUUCAUCGGCUUUGUCACCGCUCUUCACGUCUUCGGAAAACUCUACCUCCACAAGUCCGGAUCCAAAGCUUAGAUCCGGAUCCGGAUCUCUUCUUCCCUAUGGUCUCUCUUGUUUCUUUUUACUUGUGUUCUUUUUUGGUUUCUUGUUUCUUGAAUCUUGAUGAUCCGUGUAAAACCGCUUAACUUUGAAUAAAACAUGUUUACUUACGAAUAGAUUAA